GAAAACCCUUUAUGGUAUCAAGAGCUUGAAGGUUCGAAAGAUCCAUGGCUCCUGAGAACGAUUCUCCUCCCACAUCUUCCAAUACCCAUUCUUCUGUCACCAAUCCAGUCACUAAUAAUAAUGCUACAACAGUCAUUUAUCAACAAAGAUCAUUCAAUCCCAUUUCUGAUAAGCUGUGUGAAACUAAUUUCAAAACUUGGCAACAAUAGACCUUCAAUGCGAUUCAAGGGCAAGGUUAUGAAGAUCAUCUCAUCAAAGAACGCAUUUCUCCACAAUUUUCACCCAUUGCUGAUCAAGAAGCAGGAAUUGAGUCAUCUCCUUACAAGCAAUGGAAGCAAGAUGAUUGUCAUUUGGUUUCUUGGCUGCUUGCAUCAAUGGAUGAAACUUUCAAGAACAAAAUGGUGGGUCACAAACUCAGUUAUGAAAUAUGGCAGAAAAUUGAAGACUAUUUUGCAUAAUCAGCUAGGUACAAGAUUGAGCAACUCAAAGCACAAUUGAAAUUGAUAAAGAAACAAGGUAUGUCAGCCAGUAAAUAUAUCUUUAAGAUCAAGAAUGUUGCGGAUUGUCUUGCAGCUUUAGGUAAACCCCUCUCUACGCAAAAACAUGUGAAAACUUUAUUGGAAGGGUUGAAUGAAGAUUAUCAACAUCUUCUUAUUACUAUCAAUGCUAAACUAGAAAUUUACAAUCUGGUUGAAGUAGAGAACCUAAUCAUGUCUCAUGAUGACAUGAUCGAAAGAUUCAAGAGAAAUAAUUCUGGAAUGCUUCAAGCAAACAUCACUCAGAGCUCCUUUCCAACUUUUCAAAACUCAUCUCGAGGUAAUGGCUUUAGGAGAGGCAAAGGGGGUAGAUUUGGCAGAGGAGGAAGAUCAUUUUCUGCAAAUAAUAGACCGGGUUUAUGGUCGCUUUGGACACAUAGCAUGGCAUUGUUUCAAUCGAUUCAACCAAGACAUACCUCUCCCAUCUCAGAAUCAAGCAUCACAGCCUAGGAAUUCAUUCUAUAACCCAAACACCUUAACUUCAUCCAACUCCUCACAAGGUUCAUCAUCAGCUUCGAUUAUCCCUCCACCUCUAGCAUCAUCUUUCCAUCAUCCUACUGCCUUUCUUGCAGCAUCAACUUCGGUUUCAGACCAUGCUUGGUACCCAGAUACUGGGGCCUCACACCAUGUUAAUCCAAACCAAUCAAACUUGAUGACAUGUUCAGAAUACACCAGACCUGAACAGGUUCAAGUAGGUAAUGGUGCAGAAAGUUCUCUUACAAGGUAUACGUAGAGGAGGGAUAUAUCAAUUUACCUAUGUUGCUGUGCCUCCCCCUUCUCACUCAACAAAUUCUCCUAUUGUUUUUACUAUAUCAUGUUCAGUUUUAGAUUUGUGGCAUAAACGCCUAGGACAUUCAUCUUUAAAAUCUGUUAAACUUGUACUAUCUCAAUGUAAUAUUUGGACACCAAAUAAGAAUGUUAAUUAAGGU